UUUCCAUGAUUUUGUUCGGCCGCCGCUCAUUGCGUCAGUCCAAUUUGUCAAUUCGCCUAGCAAAUGACGCUGAUGUGCGUAUAGCUCACACUCUGGGGCUCCAAAAUCACUACUCGUUUUUUUUCUUUCAAAAAUCUAAAUUUAGUAAAUAAAACACAAACAACUGAUUCGUUGCAGAUUGCCGAACGAAAUUUUUUGUUGAUCUGAUUGUGUGAUCGGUGACAGUGCUUAAAGGUGUUCACUAUGUCGAUUCGUCAUGAAGGUGGUGGUCCGAUCGAAUCAUUUGAUAACGAUGAUAUUCAGGGCGAUUGCAAUGGAAAUAUAAUUCGCAUUAGGGGUUUGCCAUGGAAUACAACCAAACAAGAGAUCUGUGAUUUUUUCGACGGUGUAAACAUUGUGAAUGGUGAAAAUGGCAUCCAUUGGGUCACUCUAGCCACUAAUCACACCAAACCACUUAGCGAAGCAUACAUUGAACUAGCUUCAUUUGAUGAUCUGCAACGUGCACAAACAUUUCACAAGAAAAACCUGGGCACUCGGUACAUUGAAGUGUUCGAAUCGAGCUUCGAUGAAUUCCAAAGUAUAAUGAGUAAACAAAAAGGUGCCCAAGAUGAAAGUGUGGUACGAUUGCGGGGUUUGCCAUGGAAUGCAACCGAAUCGGAAAUUUCUGAAUUCUUUGACGGUUUACUAAUCAAACAAAACAACGGCAUUUAUAUACCUUACAAUAAAAAUGGCAAGGCAUCCGGCGAAGCAUUUGUGCAUUUUGAGACAAUUGAAGACUGUAACCAAGCCCUGACACGCAAUAUGAAUAAGCUGGGCCACAGGUACAUUGAAAUAUUCCGAAGUACGGAACAACAGAUGAUUCGAAGUGUAAUGCAAACGAAUCCGAAUCGCAACAAUGGUGGCGGGCGAAAUUCGAAUAGUGGCAACUUUCAGUCAAACGGCAACAAUCGAAUGCACCCGUACGACCGUAAUGGUGGCAACAACUUUGGCCGGGGAAACAAUAUGCGAGGCAGAAAUCAAAAUAAUCGAAACGAUUUUCGAAGAGAUCGCCCGAACAACAAUAACGGGGAUUCAUUCAUGCAAAACUCAGGCCAACCUAAUAAUCGUAACUUUGGAAAUCGAUCGUUCAAUUCAAACAAUGGCGGUGGCAACGGCGGCAACGGCGGCAAUUCCUUUUCAAACGAUCGAGAUCGAUUUGAUCAAAACAAUCAAAAUGCGAACGGAAAUUUCUAUGAAGAUUUUGAUCUGAACGAAUUUGCAAAGAAUCUUAUCGGCUUUGGCAACGAUAGUCGACAAGACUUUGGUGGCAAUCGAAACUUUAAUAAUAGACAACAAGAUUCUGGUGGUAACAAUGACUUUUUCGGAAAUUCAAACUGGAAAGGUUCAAAUAAUCAAUUCAAUUCCCGUGGUGGCGACGGCGGCGGUGGCAGCGGUGGUGGUAGCAGCGUAGGCGGCGGCGGCGGCGGCACAAAUAAUCGCUUCAAUAACAAUCGAAAUUUUGUAAGCAACGAUGAUACUCUCAGCGGCCAGCACUGUAUUCAUAUGAGGGGUUUGCCAUACUACACGGAUGAAAUGGAUGUCUUUACCUUUUUCUCACCACUAAAGCCAAAUUUCUGUAAAAUUAUAAUCAACAAAGCUGGAUUGCACAGUGGCGAGGCUAAAGCAUACUUUGAUUCAUACGACCAAGUUAGAACGGCAAUGAGCAAAGAUCGCAUGAAAAUGGGAAGUCGCUACAUUGAAUUGUUCUACGGCGGUUCAUCAAACUAAUAUAGCCAAGGGGAUUUAUUUGCUAGGGGGUUUUGAGUGAUUAAUCAAGUGUUUCAUUUAAUUUAUAAAUUUAUAAACUAAAGAAAGAAGAAAUCAGCAACAACAAAACCAACUACCUUCUGAUUCCAGUCGAAUCAAUUUCAUAUAACACAAACUCACACGUGCGCAUUUCUUCAGCUGGAAUUUGAACAUUAUAUUUAAACAUUAUAGCUAAAUGUACGUUUGUAUGCGUAAACUAAUUUAUGUCACGAAAUAAACAAAACAACGGAUUUUUCAUUCAAUUACAACAAUUUUAAAA